CAGAUAUAGAAUGCAGGGUCCUGGGAGACCAGAUAUAGUGAAUGCAGGGUCCGGGGAGAUCAGAUAUAGGAGACCAGAUAUAGUGAAUGCAGGGUCCUGGGAGAGCAGAUAUAGUGAAAUGCAGGGUCCUGGCAGACCAGAUAUAGUGAAUGCAGGGUCCGGGGAGACCGGAUAUAGUGAAUGCAGGGUCAUGGGAGACCAGAUAUAGUGAAUGCAGGGUCCUGGGAGACCAGAUAUAGUGAAUGCAGGGUCCGGGGAGACCAGAUAUAGUGAAUGCAGGGUCCUGGGAGACCAGAUAUAGUGAAUGCAGAUUCCGGGGAGACCAGAUAUAGUGAAUGCAGGGUCCUGGGAGACCAGAUAUAGUGAAUGCAGGGUCCUGGGAGACCAGAUAUAGUGAAUGCAGGGUCCGAGG